GUGGACGAUUUCUACGGUGCAUGCAUAUUACGUAGUGCAGCUUAGGCGAUUAUCACUGUGAGUCAUCGAGUUCAGUUUCAGUAUACACAAUGAGCAAAAUACACGAAAAUAUCAACUGCGACGUAUGCGGCGUUCAGAACUUCCCUGGGAUCCGGUACGCCUGCCUCAGCUGCCAUGAUUACGACCUGUGCGAAAGUUGCCAGAAGCGUGGAGCAUUCAGUAAGACACACGCCCCUUACCAUCCAGUGCAAUCCGUCCUAACGCAGUACGAUUUCGUGCAAAAGUUUCAACACAGUGGAACGACCAGUUCUACGGGGUUCCAAAUCUAUCGUUGCCCACACUGUGGGAAUGAUGGCUUUAGCUUGUCCACAUUGCUCACUCACCUGAAGGCGGUGCAUCCGGAGUCUAAGAACAGAGUCCGUUGUCCCGUUUGCGUCACGUUUCGAAUAGGCCGGUACGGGUCGGAUCUGCUCGACUGGAGUUUGGCGUUCCACAUCGAGAAUGGACACAUGGGAUUCAAUACCGAUGUGGAACAUAUGUUUAAGACCCUGCAGUACGCGGCAACGUCUUAUUCCAGAGGCAAUCCGUCCUGGUCGAUAGAUGCCGAUGGAGCAAUCUGCAGCAUAUGUUCGGCCAAACUGGGAACGAACGGAAACAUUUACAGCUUUCUGCAAUGCGGUCACGGAUUCCAUCGUCCGUGUAUCGACUCCUGGCUGGAGAACAACAAUUUAAGCUGCCCGAUUUGUCGCGUACCGAAAUAAGUCAGGCGCCAAGGCUUUCGGAUGUAUUCAACUGCAAACAUGCUCGAUACAUAAUAGUUACUUUAUAAUAAUAAAUGAUUAACCACUGCUUAUCGUGCGCUGUUUAUCAUUUCCAACGACAUCCCUCGCCUUGAUGGUUUCGCUUGUCUAGCAGUCACAAACAGCUCUCAAUUGGAAAAC